UUGAAAUAUGUUGUUUCACAGUACGUCCAUCUGCAAUGGGAUGCCAUAGCUUUCUAUCUUCUCCUAUGUGUAGGUAAACUGCUCCUAGCUAGCAAGUCAUCUUACUAACUUACUCGUUCCUUAAAGUGUCCGUCAGCCAGCAAGAUGAAAGUCCGCUCGUCUGUUUUUGCCUCGUUUAUCUUAAUAUUUGAAGUGUUUGGCAUUGCCCUCUUCCUGCGGGGAUUUUUUCCUGUACCUGUCAAGUCUUCCCUCUCAUCCAAGAGCAAGCUGUCAGAUCUGCCCGCGGAGCCGCUGUCAGGGAGCUCUCCCAAUUCCUCUCGCCUUCCCCAACCCCUUUUUAAAAGGGUGGUGAUAAUGCUCGUGGAUGCGCUCCGGGAGGACUUCGUGUUCGGACCCAGUGGUCGCAUGUACAUGCCCUACACCAGACAUGUGGUGGAAAGAGGCUCAUCGCACAGUUUUGUGGCCAAGGCAAGACCUCCAACAGUCACCAUGCCCAGGAUCAAGGCUCUUACCACUGGCAGUAUCCCAGGCUUCAUUGAUGUGGUAAUGAACCUAAAUUCUCCUGCACUGCUGGAAGACAACCUCAUUUGGCAGGCCAAAACAGCAGGGAAGAGGAUAGUUUUCUACGGAGAUGACACCUGGGUGCGCCUCUUCCCCAAACACUUCAUGGAGUACGAUGGCACAACCUCCUUCUUUGUAUCCGACUACACUGAGGUCGACAACAAUGUGACCCGUCAUUUGGACAGCACCCUCAAGAGGGAUGACUGGGACAUUCUGAUCCUUCACUACUUAGGCCUGGACCACAUUGGUCAUAUCAGCGGACCCCACAGUUCACUCAUCCAGCCCAAACUGCUGGAGAUGGACGACAUCCUGAAGAAGAUUCACAGUGCCCUCAUUUUAAAGGAGGCAGAGGGAUCUCUGCCCUACCUGCUGGUGCUGUGUGGAGACCACGGCAUGUCGGAGACCGGCAGCCAUGGAGGCUCUUCAGAGCCAGAAGUCAAUACGCCGCUGGUGCUCAUAAGUCCAGCCUUCAAAAGAAAAGUGGGAAUGGAGAAGCCUGGAGUGGUUGAGCAGGUUGAUCUGACCCCGACCUUGGCCCUGGGACUCGGCCUGCCUAUAUCUCAAAACAGCGUGGGCCACGUCAUCCCGGGCGUCUUGGAAGAAACCUCGCUCCGAGACCAGCUGCGCUUCCUGCAUCUCAAUGGCCACCAGCUCAGCUGCCUGCUCAAAGACAGCAUACCCAACUAUGAGAAAGAGGCCGGCUUUGAGCAGUUCCGUGUGGCAGAAAAGGCUCAUGGGAGCUGGAUGAAGCUCUACAUGGAGGGAAAUACCUCUGAGGUGCUGACAAACAUGGGGAAAAAAGUCCUGAAGCAGUACCUGGAGGCCCUGGCCGCCAUGAGCUCAGCUCUCGGCAAACAGCUGGGCAAGUACGACAUGUACUCCAUGAUCGCAGGCAUGGUCUUUGUGUUUCAGCUCCUGCUGCUCUUACUGCUGGCUAUGCCUGAAGCCCUCAGUGGCGCAGCAGCAGUGGACCUCCCAGUCCUCUCAGCCCUGCUCUCUCUGCCUUUCUACCUCAUGUGCCUGCUGCUCGCCUCAGUUCACGUCUUGGUGUGCACAUCUGCCGAGAGCUCCUGUUACCUCUGCAGCCUCUCCUGGGGUCUCGUCUUUGCUGCUGUUGCCUUCUCCUCAACAAUGUUUUGUAUCCUGGUCUCCAUGGCAACACGCAGACUCUUCCCGGGGCUGAAGAUUCACGGGAAGUCUCCACUGAGGAGCAGCGGCAGUGAGUGGUCGCUGUCAGAGCUGGAUGUGUUGCUGCUGGCUGGCACCAUCGGACACACUCUCAGCUUGGCGGCCAGCAGCUUCGUAGAGGAAGAGCAUCAAACUUGGUACUUUCUGCUCAACACCCUCUGCCUCGCCGUCUUCCAGGAUGUCUGUCGCAAGUACUUCAGAGAGAAGAACGGCUCAGGAGAAGAAGAAGAGCACAUCCUCCCCUCCAAAGACUGCCGUCCCUCUGCUCACCCUAAGGCAGAGAUUUGCUCAGAGAAGUGGCUAGCAUUAGCCACACCGCCCUUCACUCUGGCCUGCUGCCGGCUGCUGCGCUCUCUCAACCAGACCGGGGUCCAGUGGGCUCAUCUUCCUGACGUUGGACAUUGGCUGAACAGCUCCGAACACAAGAUGGUUCUUUCCCUGCUGGCUGCUUUCUGUUUGGUUCUCAUCUACCUCCUGGUUCAAAGACGGUGCUCAUGGGUCUCAAAGGUAGCCCUCGCCCUCGGACUUCUGGGUGUCUACAGCUACCGGGCGGCUGUCGACAAUGUCUUGUUUCCCUGGCAACACUCUGGUCAUACUAUGUCCAAGGGAACAGUGGAGGCACGCUUUGUUUAUGUCUUCGUUUUGGGCAUCCUCUUCACGGGCACCAAGGACCUGCUGCGAUCCCAGAUCAUCACAGCAGAUGCCAAACUGAAGAGCAGGGGAUUGUGGGAGAUUUACAGCGGCUUGGUUUUGUUGGUUUCGCUGUUGUUUCGAGCUCACAACCUGCCAGUGCUGUGCUGCUGCCUGUUGAUCCAGACGCUCAUGGCUCAGUUUAUCUGGAAGAAACUCCACUACGACGCAGCCCAGACCACCAUCAUGCACUACUGGUUUGGACAGGCCUUCUUUUACUUUCAGGGCAAUUCCAACAACAUUGCCACCGUCGACAUUUCGGUCGGAUUCAUUGGACUGGAAAGUUACGUAGAAGCACCUGCCAUCUUCUUGACAGCCCUCAACACUUACGCAGGGCCGCUGCUCUGGGCGUGUCACCUCGUCUGCUACCUCAGCUCAGAGAGAGACAGGAGCCCGGUUGCAGUCGGCCAUGGUUGCUACUGUUUGGCUCUGCUGCGGUCUGUGCCAGCUGCAGCCUACAUUGUGCUGGUAACUGUUCUGCGCUACCAUCUCUUCAUAUGGAGCGUCUUUUCACCCAAAUUACUGUACGAGUCCAUGCACCUGCUGCUGACUGCGGGAGUCUGUCUCUUCUUCAACACGAUGGAGCAGAGCCACAGCUCCAGUAAGUCUUAGGCAGCCAAAGACGCAGAUCCUCCAUUAAGGAAUCCUCUUAAGUGAAAGGGUCGGACGCAAUUCUGUUUCUGAGAGACACUUGUAAAGACUGAUGCACACUACAAUAUGCUUAUCCUCACUCAGCAACACACUGAUCUGUUCACAAUACGUGAAUAGAUGCUUCAGAAAGAGCCCAUUCUCUGGACUCUCUGCGUCUGCGUUGCAAAGAUGCUUUAAGAAGACACUUAUGAUGCAUUUUUGUGAGCAGUUGAUUUAGUAUUUCAUUCUUUUCAAGGAGAAAAUGUUUGCUGAUGAGAAAUAAUUGAAUGAUGUAAAUAAGAUUUUCAAGAAUAACUUUUUGUUGUGUGUAUGUAUACACACCACAUAUUACCUCAGGGACUGGUGUACAGUGAGCCGUAGCAGCGCUACGCAGACAACGGUGCAGAGUUUGAUGUUUUGGCUCCAUGGGUAAUUUAAUGACUUUAAUACCACAGAGGAGAACAUGCUGUGAUUAUGUUGAGCAGAGUGUAAACAUGUGAUGUUUGGAUGUUUAUGGAGCUGAACUCUUUUGAUGACAGCCACCAAACUCAAAACACCUUUUUGCCACAGUAGAAAAAGCUCAGGUAUUAUUAAUAAAACUAAUGAAUUCCAUGUAGCUGCUCAGG